AUGUUCGCAACCGCAACAAAGGAAAAGGGGACGAAUUUGCGUGCAGCUACCUGCCAAUUGCUGAUAGGAUCAAAGUUUGCGAUUGUUGUUGCUAACAAUGACUGCAAGGCGAUUUCCCUGGCAGUCAUCAAGAACCGCAUUGGCGCCAAUUUCGAGAUGGAUGUUGACCCCAUCACGCCUUACAUCUGCCAAGCGAUCGUUGGCUGUGACAAGGGUCGAGGAACAUCCAGAGUUACAAGAUCGCUGACAGGAAGGGCUGCCACUCCUACUUGUGAUGUCCUUCAACUUGCUUGGCAUUCUGCUUGCGACAACAAACUCAAGUUCUUGGUGAGUGGCGAUUGCAUAAAGACCUGCACAAAGAACAACCGCGUUGCUGCAGCUGUAGUAGCAGCUGCUGCUUCAGUUUACUUCCAUCCGCUGUUCUCUUAG